GUCCAUACUACUGCCACCUCAUCGCCUCUCAGCUGGCGCUCUGUCCAAACCGCAACCGCCAGUUCCUCUCUCUCGAUCUCUCUUCCUUCUAAUUCCACCGCCGACUCCGUCCCGGCCGCCAUCUCCACUCUCAAGAGCUUUCUCCGAUAUCGAAAUGGAGACGAUGAUCAUCUCCACUGCGGCGUCCUCUUUUCCCGAUUUUGCGGGUCUCUCCCCUCUUCUCUCCCGCGCCCCUAGUAAACCUCUUUCUUCUCACUUCCCCAACCCCCACCGCCGCCGCAUUCCGCCGCUACGGAAACGUUCAUCCAAUUCUACAGUGACGGCAGCGCAAGCAACUUCCGAUAGCGAAACCUCUAGUCCGGAUUCAGGAAACAAACCGCCAGCGGCGGCUUCCCCGACUGUUUCUCCUGUUUACGUCCCCACGCCUCGGAAUCGGGACCUGCGUACUCCGCACAGCGGCUACCACUUCGACGGGACGACGAGGAAGUUCUUCGAAGGGUGGUACUUCAAGGUCUCCAUCCCGGAGAAGAGGCAGAGCUUCUGUUUCAUGUACUCGGUCGAGAAUCCGGUGUUUCCGAAGCCGUUGUCGCCGUUCGAUAUGCUGCAGCACGGGACUCGAUCCACCGGCGUCGGGGCUCAGAUUCUGGGUGCUUAUGAUAAGUACAUAUGCCAGUUCUCUGAAGAAUCUUACAAUUUUUGGGGGAGUAGACAUGAGCUGAUAUUGGGGAAUACUUUUGCUGCCCAGAAAGACAUGAGGCCUCCAACCAAGGAGGUUCCCCCUCAGGAAUUCAAUAGAAGAGUUAUGGAAGGUUUUCAAGUAACCCCAACCUGGCAUCAAGGUUACAUAUGUGACAAUGGCAGAACUGAUUAUGCGGAAACUGUCAAGACAGCUCGAUGGGAGUACAGUACCCGGCCUGUGUAUGGAUGGGGUGAUGUAGGGUCGAAACAGAAGUCCACGGCAAGCUGGCCUGCAGCUUUUCCUGUAUUUGAACCCCAUUGGCAAAUAUGCAUGGCUGGCGGACUCUCAACAGGUUGGAUAGAAUGGGAUGACGAAAGGUUUGAGUUUACGGAUGCCCCUUCUUACUCCGAAAAGAAUUGGGGCGGUGGCUUCCCCAGAAAAUGGUUUUGGGUUCAAUGUAACGUCUUUGAAGGUGCGGAUGGAGAGGUGGCUUUAACAUCAGGUGGCGGCUUGAGGCAAUUGCCCGGACCAGGCGAGAUUUUUGAGAAUGCUGCAUUGAUUGGGGUGCACUACAAUGGGGUUUUCUACGAGUUCGUACCAUGGAACGGGGUUGUGAAUUGGGAGAUUGCUCCAUGGGGUUCUUGGUACCUUACGGCAGAGAAUGAGACACACAUGGUCGAGCUGGUGGCAACUGCGGACGAUCCAGGAACAACAUUACGGGCUCCAACCACGGAAUCUGGAUUUGCUCCAGCAUGCAAAGAUACUUGCUUUGGCAACCUCAAAUUGCAGAUUUGGGAACGUAGAUACGAUGGAGCAAAGGGGAAGGUGAUUUUGGAAGUCACAAGCAACAUGGCAGCACUGGAAGUUGGAGGAGGACCCUGGUUCAAUACGUGGAAGGGGAAGACGUCAUUGCCGGAGAUUGCCGGCCGUUUACUUCGGGCUCCCGUCGAUGUCGAAGGAAUUCUGGGUUUUAUUCCAUUUCUCAAACCACCUGGCUUGUAAGAAAUGAUGCUCUACAUAUAGAAUGGGAUGAUGAUACAUUUGAUACCACCAGUAGUAUUAGUAUUAUACGAUGGAGGAAAUGCUAACGUCCUGUGAUAUUAUAC